AUGGUGCAUCGUUCGAAUUUUACUAGUGCUAAUCAGGAACAACAACAACAGCAACAGCAAGACAGCGGGAAUCUGGUGGACAGGGAUGCAGAUGUUCUGGAAGCUGUGAACGAUGCGGAAUCAACUGGUAGCUUCGAACUGAUUGACGAAGGACGUGUUGGUGAUAAUGAUUCACUGCUUGAUCAGGAUUGUGUUGCUGCUGCUGAUGAUGAUAUACUACAAGAGCAGGGGCAACAAAAUCACAAUCAAGAAUCUGUUGAUGAUGCGGAAAAUGAAGAGCGUGAGCAACAGCAACAGCAGCAGCAGCAGCAGCAGCAAAAUGCUGAUGAGACGGAAUGCCCUGCGGAUGUGCAACAGCCAGAUGCCCACGAUUUGCAGGUCUGUGCAUGCAAAUAUCACUAUUUGUUAUUGUAA